UUUUUUGUUUUAUUCCGAAACCCCGUCCCAACAAGAAAGUCAAUUGAACAGUUGACGCACAUGUACCUGACCCUUUAAAACCCUAGACUGUGGAGUCGAUAUAUUUGUUAGAUCUAUCACGCAGCUGCCCACUACGCCGCAGCUCUCGACCUCCUUCACUUCGCCAUGGCAUCAGAGAAGAAGCUGUCGAACCCAAUGAGGGAGAUUAAAGUUCAGAAACUUGUCCUAAACAUCUCCGUCGGUGAAAGCGGUGAUCGUCUCACACGUGCAGCCAAGGUCUUGGAACAACUCAGUAGUCAAAGCCCUGUCUUCUCAAAGGCUAGGUACACUGUGAGAUCUUUCGGAAUCAGGCGUAAUGAGAAGAUUGCUUGCUACGUGACGGUGAGGGGAGAGAAGGCUAUGCAGCUUCUUGAGAGCGGUUUGAAGGUUAAGGAGUACGAGCUUUUGAGAAGGAACUUCAGUGAUACUGGCUGCUUUGGAUUCGGUAUCCAGGAGCACAUUGAUCUUGGCAUCAAGUAUGAUCCUUCAACUGGUAUCUAUGGUAUGGACUUCUAUGUUGUUCUGGAACGAGCUGGGUACCGUGUGGGACGUCGUCGCAGGUGCAAGUCACGUGUUGGCAUUCAGCACAGAGUUACUAAGGAGGAUGCCAUGAAGUGGUUCCAGGUCAAAUAUGAAGGUGUCAUCCUUAACAAGUCUCAAAAUAUUUGAGCUUAGGUGUAGCAGUUACGAGCUCAGCUGGGAUGUUUGGAGUUUUGGCUAGUUUCUGUGUUUCAGUUAUCCAUUUCCUGAAGAGAUUUAUAAUUGGCUUUAAAAUCCUAAGUAUCCUUUCUGUUGGUUUAAUUACUUUAUUAUUAUAGCAUUUGGAAAAUGCUUUUCUCUAUUCAAAUAUGUUAGAACAAUUAGUGAUGAAAGAAAGGCUUAGCAUUUGCCUACCACAGGUGUAACUUCACCCAAGGCAUGUAGUGUGAAUGAAAUGCCCGUAUUCUAUAAU